UUUCUUUCGUUGGUAAAAUGCUGAAGAAGGCCACCUCCGAUUCGUAUCGUCUCCUCGCUCCGGCGACGUCGAUAAACAGAACAGAGAUCGAACGCAUCACAAGAAUCAUCAACGACCACCCCUUCCCGAACCAUCCGAUCCAACCAACUCUCUCCAAACACAUCCCUCUAUCAUCACUAUCACCGACCACCGUCUCCGAAGUCCUCGGCCGUCUCUUCGCCGCUCACUCCAACGGCCUCAAAGCUCUCGAGUUCUUCAAGUACUCACUCAAAACACCUCCUCCCCCGACCUCCGACUCCUUCGAGAAAACACUCCACAUCCUCGCUCGGAUGCGCUACUUCGACCAAGCCUGGGCUCUGAUGGCGGAGAUGCGAAAGAGCCACCCUUUCCUGCUCACGUCAAAGUCGAUGAGCAUCCUCCUCUGUAAAGUCGCGAGAUUUGGCUCCUACGAGGAGACUUUAUCGGCUUUUCGGAGGAUGGAGAGAGAGAUCUUCAAGAAGAAGUUCGGCGUGGACGAGUUCAACGUCCUUCUCCGAGCGUUCUGCGCGGAGAGGGAGAUGAAGGAGGCGAGGUCGGUUUUCGAGAAGAUGCAUUCGAGGUUUAAGCCGGAUGUGAAGACGAUGAACAUUCUUCUCCUAGGGUUUAAGGAAGCUGGCGAUGUAACCGCCACUGAGCUUUUUUAUCACGAGAUGGUGAAGCGUGGGUUCGAGCCUAACGCCGUUACUUACGGCGUUAGGAUCGAUGGGUUUUGUAAAAAACGCAACUUUGGGGAAGCGUUGAGGCUCUUCGAAGAGAUGGGUCGUUGUGGGAAGGUUGCAGUUACGUUGCAGAUAGUUACUACGUUGAUACACGGAGCUGGUGUGGUGAGGAAUAAGGUGAAAGCGCGCCAGCUGUUCGAUGAAAUUCCUGAGAGAGGGUUGAAGUGUGAUUGCGGAGCUUAUAACGCUUUGAUGAGUGCUCUCAUGAGAUGCGGAGACGUGAGUGGUGCGGUUCAGGUGAUGAAGGAGAUGGAAGAGAAUGGGGUUGAGGCUGAUAGUGUGACUUUUCACUCCGUGUUUAUCGGAAUGAUGAAGUCUAAAGAGUUUGGGUUCGACGGUGUGUGUGAGCUUUACCAGAAGAUGAAGGGAAGGUCUCUGGUUCCGAAAACACCGACCGUGGUUUUGCUGAUGAAGCUGUUCUGUCAGAACGGUGAAGUUAACUUGGGACUAGAUUUGUGGAAGUAUAUGCUGGAGAAAGGGUACUGCCCUCAUGGCCACGCGUUGGAACUUCUUACAACUGCACUCUGUGCUCGGAGAAGAGCUAACGAUGCUUUUGAGUGCUCGAGGCAGACGGUGGAGAGAGGAAGGUGCGUGAGCGAACCAGUGUUCAGAAUGUUAGAGACCUCCUUAUCAAGCAAAGGCGAACUGGAGAAGCUAGAGGAACUCAAGAGGAAGAUACAGAAACUGCAUAGCUUUUUGCCGCCUCCUGGAACACAGUUAAUUUAGAAGGUAACUUCAGUGUAAUCGGUUUUCGUGUAUGUGUUCAAUUGUAUACAACAAUGUAGUAAUUUUUGAUAGAAGAUCAAACUUAGCUGAUGAUGAUGAUGAAGUGUUGUUUAAAGUGUUGUUUCUAUACAUUGUAUAAACGUCAAAGCUAAACUAAGAUCUAUACCGACCAUUUGGUGAGUGCUUGAAUUCAUGAAGCUUUAUCUUUUCAACGA